AUGACUGCGAUCACAAUUCGAUUGGUUGGAGAAAACGACGAUCGUUUGUUCAAGGGUAUCAAAGUGGAUAAUAAGAUUCCUUAUGUUGACCUAAAGAAGGAAAUUCAAUCUGUGACACAUAUUCCACCCAAGUUUCAACAACUCCAAUUACGUGGUGAAGAUCUUCCCGUUGUUGAGCGUCCCAUUCAGGACAUCAAGUUUGGCGAAGAAAUUGUUGUCAAACAUUAUCUUCUAGAAUCCUGGCGUGCGUAUUUGUUGCUUUGUGACAGCGCCAAGGAUAUCAAAAAAGGAAAACCUGAACGAACAAAAUGUGCGCAAAGAGCUAUAGCCAAUUCACAAAAACUCGAGGAUUCCGGAUUUUUCGAAGCCUACGUCAACUUUGUGACAGUUUGGACCGACACUAUCGGUCAAAUGAUGAGGUUUGUCGACCGAACGCGAAACGCUUUUGAACAAAGCGCUACAAAAUUCUUCACCAAGAUGUUUCCCAAUUCAACAAUAAGCUUUAAGCCUAAGCAAGGCGGUAGUCGAGCAGGGAUUGUGGUGACUGUCACUUGCAAUGGAGAAGAGACACUUUACUAUAUGAACUUAUCAUCACGCCGGUUCUUCAAUUUCCCUGCAAAAUGCAUCAAAGCGACACCUGCCGGAUCUUCGCGAAAUGCUUACCUGCUCUCACUUAUCCUUGGCAUACGCGACUUGAAUGAGGGAAACAUUGGUUCAACCAAGGAGAAAGCCCUGUCUAUCAUUGAUUUUUACGUUCCGGAUACUGACAACUUUCUACGACGGAGAAUGCUCGAUGAUUUGAAGAAUAAGAGCAACUUUGGUGGACUAGGAAAAGCCAAUGAAAUUCUCACUGAAAUAGGCCAUGAAGAGAGGAUGAAAAUUGUCAAGGAUGCCCUGCCCCAUUGGAGUCGAAUCAAAAGCAUAACAAGCGAUAUCAUUGGUAUUGAGAAAAGCGAAUUACGGGAAGAUGGAAUAAAGUUCGGGACUGCUACAAAUGACGUAGAAAAUUAUCUUCAAGACAUCAAAUUGAAUUAUGACUCGAUAUGUUUAGCUUUUCAGUAG